AUGAUGAGUGGAGGUGAAAACCCAAACAAUGAUAGCGUCGUUGGGACUGUCCCCGAUGGGAUUUCCAGCAUCAGCUGGAGCCCCAAGUCCAACAUCUUUGUUGCCACCUCGUGGGACAAUCAGGUGCGCUGCUGGGAGGUUACUGGCCAGGGUGCCGUGCCCAAGUUGUCCAUGUCGCAUCAGCAGCCAGUUCUGUGCUCUACGUGGAGCAAGGACGGCAUGCGAGUGUUCACAGGAGGCUGCGACGGAGUGGCCAAGUGCUGGACCCUCCAGACUGGCCAGGCAGUGGAUAUCGGCAAGCACGGCGCACCGAUCAAGACCGCGCACUACAUAGACGAGCUCCAAAUGCUCUGUACCGGUAGCUGGGACAAGACCUUGCGCUACUGGGACGGAAGGUCACCCACGCCCGCGGCCACUGUGAACCUGCCCGAGCGUGCCUAUUGCAUGGACGUGGCCUAUCCUCUUGCCGUUGUUGCCACUGCCGAGCGUCAUGUGCUCAUCUACAAUCUCAGCAACCCUGCCGUCGAGUACAAGCGAAUCCAAUCACCUCUCCGCUACCAAAGCCGAAGCUUGGCCUGCUUCCCCGACAAAAAGGGCUUCGCUCUCGGUUCGAUCGAAGGUCGUGUGGCCAUCCACCACGUCGAGGAUGCUGACAGCAGCAAGAACUUUGCUUUCAAGUGCCACCGCGACACCGCACGUGACAGCAAUGCUAUCUACGCGGUGAAUGCCAUUUCCUUCCACCCUGGCUACGGCACUUUCUCCACGGCCGGCUCUGACGGUACGUUCCACUUCUGGGACAAGGAUUCGAAGCAGCGCCUCCACAGGUUCCAGAAGAUGCCACAGCCCAUCUCCUGCACGGGCUUCAACUUUGAUGGCUCCAUCUUCGCCUACGCGUGCUCCUACGACUGGAGCAGGGGAACGGACAACUACAACCCGGCCACGUCCAAGAACUACAUCCUUUUGCACGCCACCAAGCCUGCCGAAGUUCAGGGCCGUGCGAGGUCGUAA